AUGAAAAUAAAUUUAUUUUCUUUAAAAAUAAUAAUUAUAAUUUUAAUAAUAAUUUCAAAUUAUUCAUGUUUUAGUUUUAAUUUAAAUUAUUCAAAUAAUAUUAAUAUUAUACAAAAAUGUUUUAAAUGUUUAAAUGUUUCAAAAACUUGUGAAACCAUUGAAAAUGAUCAAAUUGUAAAAUCAAAUAAAACAUUAAUUUGUAGUGAUCAACUUGGUUGUAAAUCAAGAUAUUCACAACCAUCAAUGCAUCCAAAUAGGACAUCAACAUGUCAUUUACAAGCUAAAUAUGGUGAUCAAUGUGAAACUGCAAGAGGAGGAGAUUGUGGUUUUCAAAUGAUUUGUGAUUAUCCAUUCGAUAUAACCAGACCACCAAUUUGUGUAGGUUUUAAAGCAUUACAAUUUGGUGAAAAAUGUCUUUGUGAUUCUGAAUGUGAUAGUUUAAUUUGUGAUGAAAAAACAUUAGUUUGUAUUGAAAAUAAAAAUUCAUGUAGAGUUAAUCAUUAUUGGAAUGGUACUAUUUGUUUGAAAAUCUCUGAUACUCCAUUCAAUAAUAAUUAUAAUAAUAAUAACUGUACUUCUAAUUCUCAUUGUUCAAUUUUUAAUAUUUGUAAUAAUGGUACUUGUAUUGAAAAAUACUCUUUAAAAGAAGAUUCUUAUUGUACUUCUGAUUUGUCAUGUGAUAUUUCAAAUUCAUUAAUUUGUGAUGAAGGAAAAUGUAAACCUUUUAAAAAAUCAAAUACAACAGAUUGUCAAAAGGAUGGAUGUUUAUUUGGAUAUGAAUUUUGUAAUUGUGAUAGUGGAUUAUGUGAACAAUCUAGGUUAUUUAAUAGUGAAUGUAAGAAACUUCAAAUUCAAUUAGAUGCAUGUGUUUAUGGAAGAUGUGUUUACACUGGAGGUUAUAUUUCAAGUAAUUCUUGUGUUAUGAAAAAUUGUGGUAGUUUAGUUUGUCAACAUCAUACUAAAUGUACAAAUGGUCCAUGUGGUAAUAAUAAUUCUUCAUUUUGUAUAUCAAAUACUCAUACACCAAAUAGUAAUAAUAUAGCAACAUCUUCUGGGAAAAAUCCUAUUCCUAAUGGAGGUAGUAGUUCUUCAAAUUCUUCAAAUACAAUUCCAAAGAUAUCUUUUAUUUUCAUUAUUUUUAUAAUAAAUUUUAUAUUUUUAUUUUUAAUAUAG